AUGGCGGGAGGAAUGAAAGUGGCGGUCUCUUUGGCAGUUGGUCCGGCACUCUGGGGCUUGGAAUUUGGGGGCAGCGGGGCAGUUCGGCUGCUUCUGGUCCUCUCCGGUUGCUUGGUCUGCGGCGCAGCUGGAACUGGUGUACGUGUGGUCAUGCUUCAGGAAUCUAAAGUUUAUUAUAGUACCAGCCAAGAGUUCUGUUAUAAAAAUGUGCUUGUCCCGAAGUGGCAUGAUAUAUGGACACGCAUACAGAUCCGAGUAAACAGUUCAAAAUUGUUACGAGUCAUCCAGGUGGACGAUGAGGAGAAACUGAAGGAACUAGACCAAAGCCAAAUAUUCUACUAUUCCACUGGAAUGAGUAUAGGAAUUGUGGCCUCUCUACUAAUCAUUAUUUUUCUACUGUCCAAGUUCAUGCCUAAGAAAAGUUCCAUUUACGUCAUCCUAGUGGGAGGCUGGUCCUUUUCUCUGUACCUCAUUCAACUAGUUUUUAAAAAUUUACAAGAGAUUUGGAAGUGUUACUGGCAGUAUCUUUUAAGCUACAUCUUCACAGUUGGAUUCAUGAGUUUUGCAGUGUGUUACAAGUAUGGGCCCUUGGAGAAUGAACGAAGUAUCAACCUUCUGACCUGGGCCCUGCAGCUAAUGGGUCUGUGUCUCAUGUAUUCUGGUAUCCAGAUACCACACAUUGCCUUUGGCAUUAUCAUCAUUUCACUGUGCACCAAGAACCUGGAGUAUCCUCUUCAGUGGCUGUACAUCACCUACAGAAAGAUGUGUAAGACAACAGAAAAGCCUGUCCCCCCUCGCCUUCUGACAGAAGAAGAGUAUCGGAUACAAGGAGAGGUGGAGACCCGGAAGGCUUUACAAGAGCUUCGAGAAUUUUGUCACAGCCCAGACUGCUCAGCUUGGAAGACUGUGUCUCGAAUUCAGUCUCCAAAAAGAUUUGCUGACUUUGUGGAAGGCUCCUACCACCUCACACCAAAUGAAGUUUCUGUCCACGAGCAGGAAUAUGGAUUAGGGAGUGUGUUUGCCCAGAAUGAACUCUUUGAGGACACAUCCUCUGAGGAGGAGGGCUCAGAUCGUUGGCCUGUCCUUGUCACACAGAACAACUUUUCGGCUUAG